AUGACCCCAUCACCGCGUGUUACAGAGGAAGCGUUGGGGGGCAUCAUCGCCAUGCUGGUCCAGAGCUUUUUCGCGUGGCGAAUUCUCAAGUUAACACGGAAUUACUGGCUCGUAGGCACUGUAAUGGUCACAGCGCUUGUCGGCGGCCUUUCAGGGAUCGGUACAGCGAUUGGGGUUGCAAUGCUCCCACAAUUUGCCGGCCUGCAGCGGCUCAAGGUUAUCGUCAUUUUGUGGUUGGUGGGAACAGCGGUGUGCGACGUGAUUAUCACGCUGUCGCUGACUUGGCACUUGCGGAGCCAUCGGACAGGCCUUUCCCGGACGAACACCCUGAUCUCCAGAAUUGUCCGCGUCACCGUGUCGAACGGCCUUUUGACAGCAGGCUUUGCAUUGGCCGAUGUCACUGCAUACUUAGCUACACCGCGAGGGAUCCACAUUGCGUUCAAUUAUGCCCUGGUGAAGCUAUAUGGCAACUCUGUGAUGUCAAGUCUGAAUUCGCGCGCGUUCUUGUCGGAUUCUUCGGGCAUGAGUAGUUCGUCGUACGGGAAGGACAUCGCGCUCAAUCUGAAUCCGGACGCGUCUCCCGUUGGCGGAAUGACUCGUAGUCGAGCGUCGCGCCCCGCACAGGUUGUGGUCAACGUAGAGACCCAUGAAAUGAUAGACGUCGGCGAACACGACCAUGUAGACAAAGGAGACAUCGAGUGGGCUUCGUCAACCGAGAGUCGAACACAGGAGCGCAGCGAUGACAAGGUGCAUGUCGCAGUCUAG